AUGUCUGGUCGCGGUAAAGGUGGAAAAGGGCUCGGAAAGGGAGGAGCCAAGCGCCACAGGAAGGUGUUGCGUGACAACAUCCAGGGCAUCACGAAGCCCGCCAUCCGACGUCUGGCACGCCGAGGUGGCGUGAAACGCAUCUCUGGGCUCAUCUACGAGGAGACACGCGGUGUGCUCAAGGUCUUCCUGGAGAACGUCAUCCGUGACGCCGUCACGUACACUGAGCACGCGAAGCGCAAGACCGUCACUGCCAUGGACGUGGUGUAUGCUCUUAAACGCCAGGGUCGUACCCUCUAUGGCUUUGGCGGCCUUCGCCCCUACGCGUGUCCGUACGCCCGUUGGGUGCAAGUCAGUGUACCCACGUUCGUGAUGGUAGUGAAAAGUGAGGAGAGCGGUAACAAUAGGCGGGAGAGUGGACGGUUGACUGAUCGAUUUGGUGGUGAUAUGUUGUUGACGUGCGAGACGGACGGCGCAUCUGGCGUCGGUGGUGGCGUGCUUAGCAUUAGCCGUUGUUGUACUUGGUGGUAA